AUGGGAAAGAACCUUAACUCCGUCGUUCUCUUGCUUGUCUUUUUGAUGGCUACCACAGAAAUCCUCAAGAGCGAGGCUGCAUGCUUCAAUUUCGUAGGCGAGUGCGGGAUGUCACCGUUCCCAUGUACAAAUUCUCAGUGCAAAGAAUGUUGCGUAAUUCUCUUCGGGAGUCCUCCAGUCUGUGAUGGACGUGUUGAAACUGUGGGACGCGUCUCUUCUUGCAUUUGCUACGGAACACUAAACUGA